GGUUUUGAUCCUUCUGGCCUCUCCCUCUCCUUUACUGACUCUUCUACAAUAAAGUCAUAUUUCCCAAUAAAGCUAAAGUAUGGUCGCUAAUUAGCAAACAUCAGUAUGGAUAACAAGGAGGAAAGGAUCUCUGAAAGCACUGACAGGAGGGAGUUUUCCAACACGGCCAAAGCAGACUAUCCAAGGAGGCCACACCAGCAAUGGCAUCAGGGCAAGGCUACAGAGGGCGGCCACCACAGACCGGGUGGCCUCAAGCGGGCCCUCUACUACAGCGAGAACACCAACAGAGAGCUGGCCGCCCAAAACGUCGCCUUGAGGGAGCAGAUGGACAGUGAUCGCAGACGACACCACGAGGACAGGCAGAAGCUUCACAAGGCUCUGGACGAAGCUCGGACAGGACGCACCACGCCGGAGAUGGAACAAAAGCUCCGGGAAAAGGAGAACGAGAUGAGCACCCUGAAGAACGCGCUGGCCGUGGCUCAGGCGGAAACGGUGCAGGCCCGGAAGUACUGGAUGGAGGAGCACGAGCUGCUGAAGGCCAGGGAGGACGGCUCUGAGAGCAUGGUGGCGGCGGUGAACGCCGAGUGGCAGCAGUGUUGGGUGCUGCGCGAGCAGGAGACGGCGGCCCAGCUGCAGGCUCAGUGGGAGAACAUGCAGUGGCAGAUCGAGGAAAUGGAGGCCCUUUUCAACUCCAAGCUGGAGAACAUGCAGAGACACAGCAUGGACACCUCUGACUACUUCAAGACGGAGAUGGAGCGCCUGCAGUGGCACAUGGGCUGCAGCAUGCAGGAGAAGGACGAGAUCGUCGCAAAGCUGACCAAUGAGAACUGCAUCCUCGUAGCGGAGAACGGCGCCGUGUCUGGCCAGCUUCUCAAACUUGAAGAAGAGACGGCGGAGCUGCAACAACGUCUCUACUCUCUGACGGAGGAGCUGAAAGCGAAGCCGGAAGCCAAGAAGGCUGCUGUUGGCGAGGAGCCGCCCGCAGCUGUAACCUCCAUCAAGGAGACAGACCAGGAGCUCCAAGAGGCUGUGGAGCUGCAGUUAGACCAGGAGCUCCAAGAGGCUGUGGAGCUGCAGUUAAAUCAGGACGAGGUGAGUAACCUCCAGGUCUCUCUGGAAGCAUCCAGGAAGGAAACGGCCAACGUCAGGAAGUACUGGAUGGAGGAGUGUGAGCAGCUCAGAAAGACGGCGGCGGAGAACACCAAAAACACGGUCGCCACCAUCGACGCGGAGUGGCAGCUCUUUAAAAGCGAGUGGGAGCGCAUGCAGACGCACAUGAGGCAGACCUUGCAGGGGAAGGAGGACCUGCUUGCCAAACUGCAGCAGGAAAACUCUUCACUGGCGGCACAGAACAUGAAGAUGACAUCACAAAUGCAAAAUUGUCAACUAAAAGACACGGAGGAGCUGCGGAAAGAUGUGUUGGAGGGUCAGUCGAAAGCUGAGGAUGCGCUUCAAACAAGCAUUUUGUAAACAGUCUGCAAAAGUAUUUGAGUUGUUGAAAACUGGUCAAAAAAACUCUUGAGGUCAUACGAACGCAGUUGGGACCGCCAUCUUGUUUGUCCACUUCAUCUCAGUGAGCGGCGAAAAUACUUUUUUGUUUGUGUGAUGCAAUCACAGAAGUGUGCCAGUGAUGUCACAGAGGACAUGUGUGAUGAUAACCAUAGAUCCAUUGCUGUCCUGAACACCCAGUACAAUAUGACCGAGUCAAGGAAAAUUCAUCUACUGUCGCUUAUAUAAUCAAAGGAUAAGCAGAGAUUGUGUUUUUUAAAAAACAUUAUUAUGACUGUUAAAUGUUACUUUAAAGAUGUGCUUCUCAAUUAUUUUUUGUUAUGCCCCCCACUCUGCCAGGACUAUAAACAGUAUCAUUUGUCUAUACAAUUGUUAUAAGUACACCUCUGCCUAACAUUGUAUUCUUAGCAAUGUUAUAGAAAACAAAGAAAUAUUGAAAAAUAAUACAUUUAUUAUUUUUACAUAUUUUACAUUAUACAAAUUUAAAGUGCAUCAAAAGGUCGGGAAUUCAAAAAAAUAAACUAUUCAAACUUGAACCAUUUGAUACCAUUUGAUGAUGAAAAAUAAAAUUAAACUCCAUAAAUGAUUUUUAAAAAAUAAAAAUUGUUCAGCAACAUUAACGCAAGAACACAAUAUAUAAAACACUUGAAUAUAAAAAAAAAAAAUUUGUGCUGUUUUGUUUUUUUUAUCAAAAUGAGAAAUUAGGAUUUAAUGGCUACAAUGAGCUUUUUAAAGGGGGUUUGAAGCAUUUCCCCGGGAUCACACACAACCCCCCGGCAUUGCACCGCCCCCCCAGGGGGUCCGCCCUACUAUUUGAGAAGAACUGCUUUAAACGUUGCCAAUACAUACAUACUGUAUGUAGAUGGCAUUAUUUCCUCAGGUUCCCCUAAACUUGUGGAAACUGUUUUUGCGAAAUAUGCCUAAAGCAUGGCGUCCGAACCGCCAUCUUGAUUGAUAAUAACCACAGAUCUGUAAAUUGAACACACUGUGAUGCAGCAGUAGUGUAGCAACCAGAGCGCUUAACUAAUGUGUUUUUAAAAAUGUUUAUGCUUGUAUGACUGUUAAAAAUAUGAAAACGUUAUUUAAAACUUAAGCACACAGUGUACGCAACACUUGUGGCAACAGUUUGACUGUGGACCUGCUGAGGGUUAUACAACUUUUAAAUUGGCACAGAAACACAGAAUUCAAACGGCCAUCUUUGUGAUUUUUCCUCCAUAGAAAGAUACCAGUAAUGGCAAAAAGUGUAAUGACAACCACAGAUUCAUACAUGGAAUUUACUGCGAUGCAGCGAUACCAUAGUAACCACAGCAGGCUAGUAUAACUUGACAAUAUGAAAAUGCUACUUCCAACAUUACCCAUGCAUACAAAUACAAACACUGGCAACCAUAGUUUGACUCUGGAACGGACCACUUCAUUUCUUAUCACAAAAUGUUGAUUGGGGUGGAGACGAGAUUUUCCACUGUUUAGUCAAGAGUAUAUGUUACAGGAAAAGUUGCACUAGGUAAAAAAGAGAAUACAAAUUGUUAGAUUUUAUUGAGACACGUAUUUAAAUGUAUUUAAAAUGGAUGAACUGAGGAAGUAAAUUUUGCCUUUAUUACUUAGUGAAUAAAGGUUUGCAUAAAUAAACUGUUGUGCCUGUGCAUAGGUUUUAUAGUAGUUAUAUUUUCCCAUUCAACAUUGACAGUACCUUUUAUAUUGGUCACACUCACCACACCAUUUCACUUUCCAGUUUCUGUUAGCAUCGACUCCUCUGCAAUGGAACUUGCGGUUUUUAGAUCGGGUCUUCCUCCAGAAUCGAUCCUAUACAUAUAAGAAACACACCUUUAAUGACUCUGAGGCUUACCUCAGAGGCUCUGGGGGUCCAAUUAGGGUCGGCAUGUACUGUUAAAGGCUUUCAGGGCGCUGUAAUGUUGCUGCGUACUGUUUCUAUUUAAUGAUUCAUAUUUCAUGCUUUGCUCAUAUCGUACUUUGGUCCAGCUGAAGUGGUAUCCAUCCACGUUGAAGACGGGCAUGAUGUAGAAGUUGAGCUGGUUGAGCAAUCGUCGUGUGUUUGGGUCAUAGCGGUAGGAAUUGAUGGCCUGUAAUAUCACAGAAAAACACUUUGAUCGGAUUUAUGGCCUUUGACAAUAAUCUUUAUUCAACCAAAGUGUUCCAAUGUCUUAAAAAUGUACUAUGUUACCAAAACUACUGUAAACCAUUGAUUAAACAAUUGUGCUUAAAAAAACUAAAUGUUCUACUUUUUUAAUAAAAUAAAUAACCAUGUAUGCAUACAACAUGCUUGUAGUCAUUUUGGGAAGACUGAUUGUCCAUUUCAACGGACAAGCCCAAUAAUAAACAAUAUUGGCUGAUAAUGUCAAUGGACAAACCCAAUGAUAAAAAAUAUCGAGUGAUAAGUCUCAUCCAUCUUUUGGUACUGUUUUGAUGAGAAGGAAACUAUAUUUGUUGAAAAAAAAAACAAAUGAUCUACAACGUACAGCGGUUAACAGUUGUACGUUCUCACGUCCACCAUAGUGGACAUUUGACAAAUGUGUUGCCACUGUUUUAAAAAUGGACUAUUUUACCAAAAGUACUUUUGGUGCGCAAAUGGCUUGCUAUUACAUACUGGAGCAGCCAUCUUGGGAUGGUGAAUUGUCAAUUUCAAUGGACAAACCCAAACAAUAAUUUUUUAAUCCGUCAUCUGAUGUACUGUUUUGAUGAGAAGAAAAAAUGUUUUUGAAAGAAACAAACACAUGAUCAGCAGUUUAUUGUAGUAAGCCCUCAUGUCCACUACAGUGGACAUUGAAAACAAUGGUUCAGAUUAUUAAAAACAGACUAUGUAAUUAAAACCAAUGAUUAAACACUCGCACUUACGAGAAAACAUCCAGUUUCUACUUUUC